AUGGUGGUGAUGAAUUUCUUGUGGGUGAUUGUUGCAGGUUUAUUGAGUGGAUGGGCUUUUGUAUUUUGGUUUCUCAAGAGAGUGAACGAAUGGUAUUAUGUUGGCAGGGUGGGAGAAAUGGUAUACUCUCUCCCUCCAGGUGAUUUGGGAUGGCCUUUUCUUGGGAACAUGUUGCCUCUCAUCAACUCUCUAAGAUCUGGUAACCCUAAUGCUUUCAUCUAUAAUCUUGUCUCCAGAUUUGGGAAGACUGGCAUCUACAAAACACACUUGUUUGGUUGUCCAAGUAUCAUCGUUUGUACGCCUGAAUUAUGUCGGCGUGUUUUGACAAAUGAUGAAACCUUCGGACUUGGUUAUCCUAAAUCCGCCAAUAUUUUAGCAGGGAGAAAAUCCCUACACAAUACAUCAAACAUAGAACACAGGCGUCUACGGCGAAUAAUCGCAAAUCCCAUCAACGGACAUCAAGCCCUAGCAAUGUAUAUCAAACAUAUAGAGGAUGUUGUGAUUAAUUACUUGGAUGAAUUUGCUAGCAUGAACAAGCCAUUUGAGUUAUUCACAGAAAUGAAGAUGCUUACCUUCAAGGUCGUGAUAAGCAUUUUCAUGGGUUCUGUUAGUGAUUCUACUUUCAGGGCGACGCAUAAAUUGUACAAUGAUUAUCAUCAAGGACUAUUGUCCAUGGCCAUUGAUAUCCCGGGGUUUGCUUUUCAUAAAGCGUUGAAGGAUGAGCAUAUCGUAAAUUUGAUACUCAUUUCCUUUUCGGCUGGUUUUGAGAGCUCGGCAAUGGGUGCAUUGUGGGCAAUAGUACACCUAUCAGAACAUCCUGAAGCCCUUAAAAAGGCCAAGGAAGAACAACAGGAGAUCAUGAAGAGAAGACCAUCUACCCAGAAAGGAUUGAGCCUUACGGAUAUUAAACGGAUGGAAUAUCUUGCAAAGGCAAUUGAUGAGAUGUUGCGCAAAACAAAUAUCUUGUCACUAUUCCGAGAGGCAAAAGCAGAUGUUAGCAUCAAUGGCUACACCUUACCAAAAGGAUGGAAAGUUUUGGCCUGGACUGGAGCUGUUCAUAUGGAUCCAGAAACUUAUGAAGAUCCACAACACUUCAAUCCGUCAAGAUGGGAUAAUAUAAAAACCAAAGCAGCGGCUUUCAUUCCCUUUGGAGCAGGAAGCCGAUCUUGUCCUGGAAGUGAUUUGGGCAAGCUUAUCAUAUCCAUUUUUCUUCAUUAUUUUCUCCUUAACUACGAGCUCAAGCGAGUUAAUCCAAAAUCCCCACUACGUUACUCACAAGGACCAAUGACCGAUGACAACUGCCUCGCCGAAGUCAUAAAAAUCCCUAACCCCAGUGUUUUCUUAUCUUCUCCUACUCUCAAGGAGAUCACUGCUGCUGAUACUGCUAUUGUUGCUACUUCCUCUGGUUCUUCGAAGGAAAAGUCUUCUAAGAAAAAGGAGAUAUUAAAAGCCUUUUUGAAAUCGCUCGAUGAUAGUUCUGAUGAAGAUGGUGAAGAAGAUUCUGAAGUUCUAAAGCUAUUGUUGAUCCCAAACGGGAAUGGUUUGGGAAUUCUGGUUAUGGCCCUGAUGAUUAUUUUUCUGGACUUGAAGAUCUGUAACAUUAUUAUUGCUAUGUCUUCCACUACUGCAAUUGCUCAUACUGCUGAUACUGCUGCUUUACUUUUCACUAUUAAAGAUGCCACUUCGGAAGACAUUAUUGUUGUUUUUACUAUCAAAGACUGCUGUUCUACUUUUCACUAUUGA